GGUAUCUUGUAUUUGUAAGAAAUGGACAACAUAAGUAGAUUGCCUGAUGAACUGUUGGUGAGGAUACUAUCGUUAGUUCCAACAGAGGUUGCUGUAUCCACUUGCAUCCUCUCUAAGCGAUGGAAGUUUCUUUGGAUGUAUUUGCCUAAACUUGAGUUCACUGAUAGAGACGAGUCUCUCCUUGUACUUAAGGACUUUAUCAACAAGAAUCUGCCAUUACACAGAGCUCCGGUCAUAGAAAGCUUCCUUCUUUCCUUGUACGAGUCAAGAGAGAAAAACAUUAAACCUGAAGAUAUCAGACAAUGGGUUGAGAUUGCAGUAUCUCGCCAUCUACGUGAGCUGGACGUUUCUUAUUCUUCUGAUAAGAAAGAAAACAUGGUUCCCAAUUGCUUGUUUACUUGCAAAUCUCUCGUGGUCUUGAAACUCAGAUUCUUGACGCUCAUGGAUGUUCCCUCCAAGGCUUGUCUUCCCUCUUUGAAAACUUUGCUACUUGAGCUUGUGGUAUACGAAGAUCAAAAACCCUUUGAAGCGCUUCUUUCGAUAUGUCCUGUCCUUGAAGAUCUAGAGGUGUGGUUCCGUGAGGAUGAAAGUAUCCAAGAGUUCACUAUUAGCGUCCCGUCUUUGCGGAAGUUGUGCUUGCAUAUAUCUUAUUAUUGGUCCUCAUUGGAGCGGUAUGAGAUUGAUACUCCUUGUUUGGAAUAUCUCCAACUUGCGGAUUGGAAUGAUAGUCCUUGUUUGGUUAAGAAUAUGCCUAAGCUGAAGAAAGCACAUGUGGAUGUUGUAUCCUUUGCUGUCAAGAAUGUUAUUGGAUCAGUCACAUCUGUCAAGCAUCUUACAGUAUGCUCAGAGGAUGUGUAUGGUGAUGGUAUUGUUUUCGACCAGCUUGAACAUCUGACGCUAUGUAUUUGCAAAGAUGAUUCGUCGAAUGUCCUUGCUCAGUUUCUCAAAGAUUCUCCUAACUUAAGAGUCUUAGUCAUCUCUCAACUAGAUUUACAUGCAGAUUUAAAGACCAAUGAGAUGGGUUUCUGGAACCAACCGAGUUCUGUUCCUGAAUGCUUGCUGUCCAGUCUACAGAUUUUGAACUGGGAAGGAUACUUUGGGAGACCACAAGAUAGAGAUAUUGCGGUUUAUAUUUUGAAAAACGCUCGUCACUUAAGGACAGCAACGAUUUGGGCUGAUACAAAUGAACAUGAUGUUCCAAACCUUGAGAUGAUCAAGGAGUUGACACUUUCUUCCCGAGCUUCAAGCACAUGCGAACUUGUGUUUGUUGAGAUGCCUUGAGAAAUCAUCACAUGUCUUUUCAUUUGUGUAAUAGAAUCCUAAUUUGAUAUGUUAUCGU